GUCUCUCACUUCUAAAUACCAUGGCAAUAUAAAAGUUUAAAGUUGUAUGGCAAUUGGCAAGAACAUUAUUCUAUGCAAUGAAGUCCUGUACAAAUCCAAAAUCUUUGUUUGUGGAAAUACUUUUUAUUGCUUUAUCAUUAUUAAUAUCAUUCUCAUGUUCCCUGAAAAAUAGUUUGGAUCCAUCUCCUUUACCUACCAACUUCCUCUUUGGAACUGCUUCUUCUGCUUAUCAGUAUGAAGGAGCUUACAUGAGUGAUGGAAAAGGGCCAAGUGACUGGGAUGUAUUUACUCACCAAACACCAGAUAAAAUAAUGGAUGGAAGUAAUGGGGAUGUUGCCGUAGAUCAAUAUAAUCGCUAUCUGGAGGAUAUUGGUCUAAUGGAAGCCAUGGAAGUCAAUAGCUACAGGUUCUCAGUUUCAUGGGCAAGAGUUCUACCAAAAGGUAGAUUUGGAGAAGUCAAUUCUGGUGGCAUCAGCUACUACAAUCGACUUAUAGAUGCUUUGCUUCUCAAAGGAAUUCAACCAUUUGUAACAAUAUCUCAUUUUGAUUUACCUCAAGAACUGGAAGAUAGAUAUGGAGGUUGGCUAAGUCCAGAAUUACAGGAAGAUUUCAUAUAUCUCGCAGAUCUUUGUUUUAAAUCAUUUGGUGACAGGGUAAAGUACUGGGCAACCUUCAAUGAACCAGACUAUCUAGCAACAUACAGUUACCGCCAAGGAAUAGCUCCACCAUUUCGUUGCUCUAAACCAUUUGGAAAUUGUAGCGAAGGAGAUUCAGAGAAGGAGCCAUAUGUGGCUGCUCACAACGUAAUCCUAUCACAUGCAGCUGCAGUAUAUAUUUAUAGAACCAAAUACCAGGUCGAGCAAGGUGGUAAAAUUGGUAUUGUCAUGAACUGUGACUGGUUUGAACCCAUCAGCAACUCAGUGGCAGAUAAGUUGGCCACAGAAAGAGCACGAACGUUCACCCAUAACUGGAUCUUGGACCCAAUCAUAUUUGGUGAAUACCCUCCAAUUAUGCAGAAGAUUCUAGGAAAUAUAUUACCCAAAUUUUCCAACAAAGACAGAGAGAAACUAAAGAGUGGAUUGGAUUUUAUUGGCAUCAAUCACUAUACAACUUACUAUGUUAAGGAUUGCUUCUACUCCAAAUGUGAACCGGGGCCAGGGGUCACCAGAACGGAGGGUUCAUACCAACAGAGUGAAACAAAAUAUGGAGUUUCAAUUCGCAAACCUACUUCAAUUGAUUGGCAAUCUGUUUAUCCACAAGGAAUGGAGAAAACUGUCACCUAUGUUAAAAACAGAUACAAUAACACCCCAAUGUUCAUAACUGAAAACGGGUACGGUGAGUCGAACAACCGGAUUUACACAGAUGAGCAAUACCUUGAUGAUUUCAACAGAAAAAACUACAUGGCGGGUCAUUUAGAUUCCUUACUGGAGGCCAUAAGGAAGGGAGCUGAUGUUAGGGGGUAUUUUGUCUGGUCCUUACUUGACAACUUUGAGUGGUUACGAGGAUAUACAGUAAGAUAUGGACUCCACCAUGUUGAUUAUGCAACACUCAAGAGAACUCCCAGAUUAUCAGCACGUUGGUACAAGGAAUUCAUAGUGAAGCAUAAAACAGAAACCUUCCGCCAGAAAUGAUGAUGAUAGAAAAACUGGUGCAAACCCUAAAAAUGAAUUAAAUUCUCUCAUUGAAAGGCACAUAAACAUCAUGAGAAGAAAUGUGAAUUAAUUUAGAGUGGUCUAUGUACCUUCAAUGAGAAGGAAUUUGAUUUCAGUUAAAGUUGUUUAUGUACCUUCAAUUCGAAGGAAUUUUGUUUUAGUUAGAGUUGAAUUAUGCACCUUUAAUAAGAAAACACUUGAAUUAAA